AAGUAUGAAACAACAAACACACUCCAAAGUAGUACGGUACGAUAACAAACUUCAACCAUGGAAGCGGGAAUUCUCCACCAUUCCCCCUUUUCUACUUGGUGCAUACCCAAACGACCUCUCCGACACUUUCGUUCUUCGUCUCCUACUUUCCCGCGCUUCAUCAUCAACUCCUCAAUCACAAACUCUUCCCAGUCGGAGGGAUACAAAGGACCAAAACCGACGCGAAAUUUUGUCGCUGAUUGGGUCUCUAACAACGACAAUGUAGCUCGAAGUUUGCCGAUUUAUAUCGGCGGUUUCUCUCUCCUCGCCGUACUCCUCAAUCGUGCUGUUUCUGGCAUUGCUCCCGUUGCCGACGCCGGUAGUUCACAAUCAAGGGCUGAUCUGCUAGCUCUUGGAUUGGCUGUUACGAAUAUCUUAGCUGGUCUUGUAUGGUUGUCAAUUCGACCCAAAUCUAUCUCUAAGGUGGAUCCUGAAGGUGUGGAAUGUCGCUGGAUAUCUCCUAACCUCCCUGAUUUUGCUGUUUCUGAGUUGGAGUGGUUCUGGCAAUCUCUCUCAGCUGUCACAUGCUGCAGAUCCCUGGUCAUUAUUUUUGAGGACAGUUGUAUCUGUCAAAUUGGUGUGGGAGCUGAAUCCUCUAUAGGUGGUGAAGCAGAGAUUGUAGAUGCUGCGAAAUUGAUUAAAGGGACACUAUAUAGAGGCAUUAUGAAAUCUGGAGCACAGAGCUACUUGGCAAAUCUCUCUCUGUAUCCGGGCAAGUCCGAGCUGCCCUUUCUGCCACCAAAUACACAGGCUGUCAUCCUGCAGCCUCUGGGAGACAAGGGAAUUGCAGUUAUUGGUGGUGACACAAUAAGGGGCUUUUCCACUGCUGACCAGGCAUGGAUAUCUUUGAUUGGUGACAAGCUGGACGCUACAUUGACAAAGUCAGUGACUAGCAACACACUGCUGACUCGGGAUACAGGUCGAUAAUGCAAAUCUGUGAUGAUUCUGAUAUUUAUUACAGAUGAUAGUCACUGAAGCUCAUAAGAAAAGGUAAUUUUUCAUUAGACGGCUCAAAGCACAUCAAGGGAUGUCUCUGAGAUAGAAAGACCCCAAACAAACAUCUGCCAUAAACUAAUUUUCAUUAUUUCUUUCCUUUUGGGAGCAUGUCUAGGCGUGUACAAUAUGCACUUUAUGGGACUUUGGUUCAUCUCAAUAAUUAUGUGUUUCCAUAUGAGAAGAUCAGAGGGAUCAAUAGUGUGUUUAGUUUGCAUGUUCUGAACGCAACCUUCAACAUUGCUGGAACUUCAACCCUCAAACUUCCACUUUGCACAUAAAUUCGGAAGUUGUAGACAUGUUGGACGAAGGAGGUCCUUAUCAUUAGUGUGCAAGUACAGAAUUAACAGAAACAAAUGAAAUGCCAGUGUGCUGUAGCUCUUAAUUUCUGCAAAACUAAUGUAGGAAGUUUGCCAAAUUUUAAGUUGGUCUAGAUAGGAUUUUGACAUGAAAGUAGGGGAUGUGGAUCCGUUGUCUGCUUUCUCAAUGCUCAACUGGCUACCUCCAUUUUCAUCAACUCGUGUAAAGAGCAAGAUAACAACUUUGCUAUCCCAGAUGUUCUUGACUAAACUGAAAGUUUCUAGUACAUUAUGCUGUAAUGUCUGUGUUUGUCAGUAACAGUACUUGUCUCAAAAAUAAAGGACCUGAAUCAUAUUGUUCAUCCAAUAUUCUUUGUACAUUACCACUUUAUAUAAGUUUCUGAAUCUCGUGUACGUGGUCUUCCACACUGUUUUAUUUCUCCAGUACAGAGCCACUUCCAAGUAUGAUGUUAUAUCGAUUCCUUUUUAGAAAGUUUUGUCUUGAUGUUUGCAUUGAUUUAUGUUUGAUAAAUUUACUCGAGUUUUCCCACAUAUAUGUAUCAGAUGGGAAAUAGGAAUAGUGAAGUGAUUCCCAUGUCUAGUAUCUGUGUCAGAAAGUAGUCUUCUUCAUGUACACUUGUAACUGAACUAGCAAAGUCACCAAUCCAAGGAGAACUAUGUUUUUAACUGCUAGAUAUCAGGAGUGCAAUUAGCAAUGGUUAAAAGUCAAAACAGUUUACUGUUAUUAAGAUUCGACGAAAUUCAGAAGAUAAAUGAAUCAUUCUCUAGGACUCAAAAGGCUUUGCAUUGUAUAACAAAUGAAUCCAGUAAAUUUGAGUACAUACAUGAGCAGGUGAGGAAGAAAAAAAAAACCUUGAGAAAAAGAAAAAGAGAGGUAUUUGUUUGUCUCUCUAAUUCACCUAGGUAAAAAUUGUAGCUAAUAUGUGGCUUUUCUACAAAAGAUGCACAAGAAAUAGUUUUAAUAAAAGGGGGAAAAAAUUUGUGGUUUCAUGUUUUACAAGUGUUGAUGAGCUGCAGAUACCUCAAUCUUGAUCAUUAAGCAGACCUCUGCCAUGGAAGCAACCCUGUAUUAUGAUCAGCCAGGUUUGUCAUAACAAAGUCCCUUAACCUGGUAUCCCAAACCUCACAGAAUCUCAGGUGCCAAUUGGGUGGUUCGAUGGCUUCUGUCCCCAACCCAGGUGCUCUAUCUCUAGAAUUUUCAUUCUGAUUUUCUUGCCAAUCGGCAACAUAUGUGGAAACCCGUCUGUAGAAUUUUGCUUUAAAAUUAUCCCAAACUUGGUACUUGUAGUGGUUAAUCACAGCCCGACGAAAAUUCACCCGUCUGAACUCCUUUUUCAGCUUAAAAUGAUGAACUUGAUUUAGGAGACUAUCAUCAACAGCAUCAGGCCUUACUAUCGACUUGUGUCUCUCAGUGCUCUUAAGCCGGCAGGUAUACCCUAAUAUCAAUCCCUCCUUUGGGCUUUUCUUCAGCCCUGAAGGUCCAAAGUUAUGACAGUCUGUUCGAAGUUCACCCACUGAUCGCGAGGAAACAUUCCCCACAACAGCCUGAAGUGCGUUUGGUCCCCGAUAAAUGAUGCUUGAGUUUUGCCUGGGUUUCGGAGGUGGGAAGUUAAAGAACUCAUCAACAUCAAAGAAUGCAACCCAUUUACACUGAUCCCUCGCCCUUAACACACAGUGUGAGAACCCUGCCUCCUGAGACUUAACCCACGGCCAAGCGUGCUUAGUCACGUUAUAAUUCUCUUCAUUAAGCCCAUCGAUCACCUCCUUUAAUCCAUCAUCACUAUUAUUAUCAUAAACAAACCACCUUUCAACCCCAAGCCAAGCAUGGUACAUUACCCACUCCCUAAUAAAUGCAGCUUGAUUCCAAACCAUAGUACAAGCACACAGCUUAUAUUUAUGACUACUACUUUUUCUGUUAUUCUUGUUAUUACUCUUAUACAAUUUUGCUAUUGAUGGUACUAGUUGGCGUGGGAUACCUGUCAAAUGGGACCUUCCAGGUACUUUGGUAGUCAUCUCAACUGUAAUUCGGACUUCCUCAUCAUUCCAUGGAUUUGCCUUCAGUUCAGGAGGCAAAGGGCACCUGAUCACCUCCUGUGCUGCUGUGAUUGCUUUUGUGGUAAGUGCAUAAUCCUCACCCUUCUUCCUAAAUUGACACCUAAAUGGAUGUGGGUCUGAUUCUCUGUCUGACUUGAGCUGCAAA